AUGUGUUUGCCACUCAUCUUAGUUCGGAAUAUGUUUGCUCGAAAUUUGAAACCAGAGCAGAUCUCGCUGGAUGUCCUGAAAGGGAAGAGCAAGCUUGAGUUUAUCGAAUUAAAUGAAGAAGUGCUAACAUAUGUUUUGGAGUUACCACCAUGGCUUAGGAUAAAGCGGGCGUACUGCAUUGGGGUAACAGUAAGCGUGCCUUGGACGAAACUCAAAAGUUGUCCUGUAGAGAUUGUGAGCUUUCUUUCUUGCUUUUUUCAUUUAUACUUUUUUAUCGACGAAAUUAAUGUCGAAGUGGUGCUAACUAACGAGUCACCUCAUAAGAAUCAAGAUCGUCCUGUGAGGUUGUUUAUCGACGAAAUUAAUGUCGAAGUGGUGCUAACUAGCGAGUCACCUCAUAAGAAUCAAGAUCGUCCUGUGAGGUUG